AUGCGUGUUUUGGCUUAUUCUCGAUUUUGCGACUGGGCUGGGACGGCUCGCGGGAGCCCUGAAGAUCCGCAACCGCGAAUUACAGAGUCGGACCAUCUUAGGUACACGGGGCAGCACUGCGAGGUCGACGUGGACGAGUGCGCGUCGCGGCCGUGCAAGAACAACGGCAUUUGCAGCGAUCUGAUCAACGAGUACCGCUGCAGCUGCAUCCAGGGCUUCACGGGCCGCCAGUGCCACAUCAACAUCGACGACUGCGCCUCGCAGCCGUGCCAGCACGGAGGCACUUGCGUGGACCGCGUGGCCGGCUACAGCUGCCGCUGCAGCCCGGGCUUCACGGGAACCAACUGCGAGACCAACAUCGAUGACUGCCUCUCGUCGCCGUGCCGCCACGGCUCGUGCCUGGACGGCAACAACUCGUUCACGUGCAUGUGCCACGCCGGCUAUACGGGCCUGCUGUGCCAGACGGAGAUCGACGAGUGCGCGUCCACGCCGUGCCAGCACGGGGGCUCCUGCAAAAACCUCAUCAACAGCUACAAGUGCAUCUGCCCCGAGGGCACGGCGGGCAUCAACUGCGAGUUCAACAUCAACGAGUGCUUCAGCAACCCGUGCCGCAACGGCGCCAAGUGCGAGGACGGAAUCAACGAGUACUGGUGCGAGUGCGAGCCCGGCUUCACGGGCCGCUUCUGCGAAACCAACAUCGACGACUGCCUGUCGCAGCCGUGCGCCAACGGCGGCGUGUGCAUCGACGAGGUAAAUGGCUUCCGGUGCCAGUGCCCGUCGGGCUACUUCGACGCCCGCUGCCUCUCCAACGUGAACGAGUGCGCCAGCGACCCCUGCCUCAACGGCGGCUCCUGUUACGAUGACGUCAACCGCUUCAACUGCAAGUGCCCGCCGGGCUACACGGGCCACCGCUGCGAACAGGAGAUCGACGAGUGCCAGUCCAACCCGUGCCAGCACGGCGGCACCUGCAGGGACGCGCUCAACGCUUACACCUGCUCGUGUCCCCCCGGCUACUCGGGCCGCAACUGCGAGAUCAACAUCGACGACUGCCUGAGCCGCCCCUGCAAGAACGGCGGCACCUGCAUCGACCUGGUCAACUCCUACAAGUGCGUGUGCGAGCUGCCGCACACCGGGAGGAACUGCGAGGUGCGCAUGGACCCCUGCAGCCCCAACAAGUGUCGCCACGGCGCCCGCUGCACACCCACCGCCAACUUCUUGGACUUCACGUGCGAGUGCGAGCUGGGCUACACCGGCCGCCUCUGCGACGAGGACAUCAACGAGUGCGCUAUGUCCCCAUCCCCGUGCAAGAACGGCGCCAGCUGCCUCAACACCAACGGCUCGUACUCGUGUCUUUGCGCCAACGGCUACGAGGGGCGCGAGUGCACCAUCAACACCAACGACUGCGCCCUGCACCCGUGUCGCAACGGCGGCACCUGCCUCGACGGCAUCGGCAGGUACAAGUGCCUGUGCGUCGACGGCUUCGGCGGCACCAACUGCCAGCACGACCUCAAUGAGUGCAACUCCAACCCGUGCCAAAACGGGGCCACCUGCAACGACUACGUCAACUCGUACACCUGCACGUGCCCGCUCGGCUUCUCGGGCACCAAUUGCGAGAUCAACGACGAAGACUGCACGGAAACCUCUUGCAUGAACAACGGCAGUUGCAUCGAUGGAAUCAACAACUACACGUGCGAGUGCAUGGCGGGCUUCACGGGCUCCCACUGCCAGCACCGGAUCAACGAGUGCCACUCGAACCCGUGCGAGAACGGCGGCACGUGCAACGACCACGUGGGCUUCUUCACAUGCCACUGCCUGUACGGCUAUACCGGCCAGCGCUGCGAGCGGGUGAUGGACUGGUGCUCGAGCUCCCCUUGCUUCAACAACGGCGUCUGCACGCAGAAGCUCAAUCGCUUCGAGUGCAAAUGUACUCCAGGAUGGACGGGUCCCCUCUGCGACGUGGCCAUGGUGUCCUGUGAAACGGCUGCGGCCAGCAAAGGCGUCGCUGUUUCGCAGCUGUGUCUGCACGGCGGCAUCUGUCAUGAUAGAGGCAACACGCACAAGUGCGACUGCCGCACCGGCUACACGGGCUCCUACUGCCAGCACGAGAUCAAGGAGUGCGACUCUCAGCCCUGUAUGAACGGAGCCACCUGCAACGACCACAUCGGCUCGUACUCAUGCGCGUGCCGCCCGGGAUUCCAGGGGCCCAACUGUGAGUACAACAUCGACGACUGCAAGCCCAACAACCCGUGCCAGAACGGAGGCGUCUGCCACGACCAGAUCAACGGCUUCCAGUGCUCCUGCCCGCACGGCACUCUGGGCAAGCUCUGCGAAAUCAACACCAGCGACUGCUACGAGGGCGCCUGCCACAACGGAGGCACCUGCGUGGACAAGGUUGGCGGCUUCGAGUGUAGGUGCAAGCCGGGGUAUGUCGGCGCGCGGUGCGAGGGCGACGUGAACGAGUGCUUGUCCUUCCCAUGUUACAAGGAAGGGACAGCCGACUGCGUGCAGUUGGUCAACGAUUACUUGUGCAACUGCCGGCCAGGGUUCAUGGGGCGGCACUGCGAGAGCAAGCGGGACUUCUGCGCCGAGUCUCCAUGUCAAAAUGGCGGUGUUUGUAGCAACACCGAGGAAGGCUACUCGUGCCACUGCAUGGACGGCUUCAUCGGCAAGUCGUGCGAGUUUCGAGACGAUUGCGACCACCACCAGUGCGGGCCCGGCGAGGUAUGUCGUCCGUAUGAGAAGGGGAUCGAAUGCGUGCCCAAGGAGUACCCUUGCUCCUCCAACCCCUGCACGCACGGAGGCAAUUGUCUGGACCGGGUGACCUACUUCGAGUGCCACUGCCCGCCGCGCUGGAACGGGAAAAGGUGCGAGGUGAGCGACCCCACGUUCAAUGGCGGGAUCGGGUCCCACGACGUCCCACCAACCUCACUCUGGAGCGCGAGUUUGGUGCCGCCUGCACAGUGUGAUGAGAAGAAGAACAACCUAGGCGCUGCGUGCGAUGCCGAGUGCAGCUCCUUUGCCUGCGAUUACGACGGCUACGAGUGCUCAUAUGGACGCAACCCGUGGGCGUUCUGCGACGCAGACAUUAAUUGCUGGGAGGUAUACGCGACGGAGUGGUGCAACUAAUCAGAAUGCAACAACGCAGCCUGUCUCUUUGAUGGCUUGGGACCUGAGCCGCAAACCGUCGGAACGUGCAUAUCCAAUAUACGAGACGCCUACUCGCGCGCCACCAACUACGAGAACGGCCACUGCGACCAGGGCUGCAACGUCGCCGAGUGUGGCUGGGACGGCCUCGACUGCGAGAAAGAGCCCCCCAACAUCAUGAACGGCCAGCUCCAGCUGGUGGUGGAGGCCAGCAGUGCGGACUUCCAGACUGCCAAGAAGGCCUUCAUCAGGGAUCUCAGCCGGUCCUUGGGCGUGCAUCUGGUGAUCAUGAGAGACCAGUCCAACCGAAUGAUCUACCCGUACGACCAGGAGGUAUCCAGGGGCUGCUCGUUUACUUCGAGAUUCGACAACCGCCGGUGCGCAAAGGGGACAGUGCUUUUUUCGACAGCGUCAAGACGCUUCAAAGGCAAGAACUGCGAGCAGAACAUUGACGACUGCCACAACCACCUGUGUCAGAAUGGCGCCACCUGUGUGGACGGCGUCAACACGUACACAUGUGCGUGUCCGCCAACGUUCACGGGUCCGUAUUGCAAGGACGACGUCGACGAAUGCGCUGUUAAGCCUACUAUUUGCAAGAACGGCGCCACGUGCACCAACACCCAGGGCGGCUUCUCGUGCAUCUGCGUGAACGGCUGGACGGGAGACGACUGCUCGGAGAACAUUGACGAUUGCACGGGAGCGGCGUGCUUCAACGGUGCGACUUGCAUAGAUCGCGUCGGCUCCUUCCUCUGCCAAUGCACGCCCGGGAAGACUGGCUUGCUGUGCCACCUGGACGACGCGUGUGCCAGCAGCCCGUGCCACCCCGGCUCCAUGUGCGACACCUCGCCCAUCGACGGAGGCUACAUCUGCACGUGUCCGCCCGGCUAUAAGGGCGUUGACUGCACGCAGGACAUCGACGAGUGCCAGGAGGGCCUCCCGUGCGAGCACAACGGCACCUGCGUCAACACACCGGGAUCGUUUAGGUGUGACUGCUCGAAGGGCUUCACGGGGCCGCGGUGCGAGAUCAACAUCAACGAGUGCGAGAGCAAUCCCUGCCACAACCAGGGCACUUGUCUGGACGAGCGAGGUGCCUUCCGCUGUGUCUGCAUGCCCG